AUAUGAGGGAGUGUCUGGGAGUGGUAGUGAUGUGGAGGACAUGUAAUAAUGUUUAAUGAGUAACGAAAAAAAAAAAAUCGGUCACACUGGUUAUACUUCAUCUGGGGUCAGUGAUUUGAAUGAAAAAUAGGGUGAUUUUAUUAAAUUAAGAAUUUGUGGUUUUAAUUUCCAUUCAUGAAAAACAAAAUUGUAAAAUAGAAGACUUUUGUCUAGUCAUUGUAUUUUACUUUUUAUAUUAUUUAUUUUACUUUUAUUUUGUUCUUGUUGUUCUUGUUUUAUUUAGUUUUUUUGGUUUUGUGUCUGAUUUCCCAUUUCAGUUGUUAAAAUGCAUUUGUAGCUUGCCAUGACGUCACCCGCGUUGGUCUCCGCUCCGACGGAUCCUAUUGGUCAGAAUUCCACGACCCGACAAAUCCGAUUGGCCGGAAAUCCGUUAUGGCUUUUCACGGAAUACUCCUCGUGCGGCUUGAGCGUGUCGCCCAUGCUCGUGCACGCUGCCAGAAAACCAGCUUUCCUUCACGCGUUUAGAUAUUGAAUGCAGAAACGGAGAAAUCGGUCGCUGUAUGAAAUCCGCGGUUCGCUGCGGUGCACUAAUCGGCGGAUUAUCUCCACCAGCGUUAUCUUUAUACCUACAUGGUGGCACGAGCGCCUUUUUUGUUGCACGUUUCCAUAAAUAUUGUUUUGAGUGGGGGUGUGUGUGUGGUGUAGAUCCGCUCGCGCGGGUGUGUGUUUGUUUCGCUUUCAUUCCGCGUGUGCAGUCGCGCUCGUGCUUCUAAAGGAUGAGUUUGUUAGCGCGAUCUCAGUCCCAGGUGUUUGGAGAAAUUCGGAAGGAGCUCUAUGAUGAGCACGACUUCCGACAAGUUACUCAUGUGUUCGUGAUCAUGGGAGCAUCGGGGGAUCUUGCCAAGAAGAAGAUCUACCCAACACUUUGGUGGCUUUUUAAGGAUGGACUACUACCAGAGGAGACCUACUUUGUCGGGUUUGCUCGUUCCAAGCUGACGGUGGAUGACAUCCGCGCCGCCUCGUUACCGUAUAUGAAGGCGAAGGACACGGAUACCGAGCGUCUCUCAGCGUUUUUCCAGAGGAACUCGUACCUGGCUGGACGCUAUACAGAGGAAGAGUGUUUCUUACAGCUGCGGUCCCAUCUGAACUCUUUGUGCCAUGGUACCAGCGCCAACUAUAUCUUCUACUUGGCACUGCCACCCACCGUCUAUCACGUCGUCACCACCAACAUCCAGCACUGCGUGAGCAACAAGGGUUGGAGCAGGCUGAUUGUAGAGAAACCUUUUGGCCGGGACCUGCAGAGCUCGGAGGAAUUGUCGGCACACCUCUCUUCCCUCUUCAGCGAGGAUCAGAUCUACCGCAUAGACCAUUACCUGGGCAAGGAGAUGGUGCAGAACCUCAUGGUCCUCAGGUUUGGGAACAGAAUUUUCGGCCCGAUUUGGAACAGGGACAGCGUGGCCUCUGUCGUUCUCACGUUCAAGGAACCCUUUGGAACCUAUGGGAGAGGAGGAUACUUUGAUGACUUUGGUAUUAUCCGUGACGUCAUGCAAAAUCAUCUUCUCCAGAUGCUCUCCUUGGUUGCCAUGGAGAAGCCUGCUUCAACCAACUCGGAUGACGUGAGAAAUGAGAAGGUGAAGGUGCUGAAGUGCAUCGCGCCGGUGUCUCUACGUGAUGUCGUGCUGGGGCAGUACGAGGGCAAUCCUGAUGGGGAAGGGGAGGCUAAACUGGGAUAUCUGGACGACUCGACUGUUCCUGAAGGCUCCCACACGGCUACUUUCGCCUCUGCGGUACUUUACGUCCAUAACGAACGCUGGGAAGGGGUUCCGUUCAUUCUGCGCUGUGGAAAGGCAUUGAACGAGCGCAAGGCCGAGAUGAGGCUGCAGUUCACCGACGUUCCGGGUGACAUCUUUAAUUCGCAGUGCCAGAGGAACGAGCUGGUGAUGCGCGUGCAGCCUGAUGAAGCGAUUUAUGCCAAAAUGAUGAGCAAAAAGCCUGGUGUGUACUUGAACCCCGAGGAGACGGAGCUGGACCUGACGUACCGUAGCAGAUACAAGGAUGUGAAGCUCCCUGAUGCCUACGAGCGCCUAAUUCUGGAUGUCUUUAGCGGAAACCAGAUGCACUUUGUGCGCAGUGAUGAGCUCAGGGAAGCCUGGAGAAUCUUCACCCCUCUCCUCCACCAGAUUGAAGCAGAAAGAACAAAACCGAUCCCUUACAUAUACGGAAGCCGUGGACCGAAAGAGGCAGACGAGCUGAUGAAGAGGGUGGGCUUCCACUAUGGAGGAACGUACAAGUGGGUUAACCCUCAUCCCGUACAACACUCCAAUCUCUGAGCACUGAUUAAGACUUGAUGAAAGUAAAGCGCUUGAGAUUUUUCA